UAAGGAGAAAAGAUUUCACGGCGCGUCUCUCCAGCUAGCAUCCGUAUCAGAACAAUUCCACGAGGAAAGUCGUGAAAUUGAGAGGAACCCAGUUUGUAAAGCACUCUCCAGUGUAGUAUUUUGCAUUUGCAGGGCUAUGGUGGAGCCAAUUUUUCCCUCUAUUUCGUUUCUAAGGCUUAAGAGAGCUCAGGUGUAGAGGUUUGGGAUUUCGGGGGGGGGAAGGCGAUGCGGCUGAUUUUUGAUAUGGGGAUCGUUGUUCCGAAUGAAUAAUUUGCGUGGUGGUGCGUUCGGGUGAAGUAUGAAUCGAUUUUUUGAGUGAGUGAAGGGGUUUUUGGUGGAAUUCCCUCCAGGCUUUCAUUUUCUGGAGCGUUUCUAGCUUAGCAAGGUUUACCGAAAAUAGUCAGGAGUUGUGACGGCAGUCGAUCUCUUUUCUAACAGCAGCCAUUUAUUUCAAGGGAAUUUCGAGCUUGUGUAAACUGAAGAAGAAAUGCAACGGGCCGACGUUGCAGUAUCGUUUGAUGGCACUGAAGGUCCAAGAGGGCAAGCUUAUUUGCGGAGACCAGCCUCCCACGUGCAACAACAGUCACAAGGUCGCCCCGGGCCAUCACCUGCGCUCAAUGGACCUGGACCUGGAUCUGGACUCCCUUUCAUGACUUUUGAUUUAGCAUCUGGAUCAGGAUCUAGUGCACCAUUGUCUCAUAUUAGUGGAUAUGGGGGUAGCAGUAGCAUCGGUGGAUAUGCUUCUUUUGAAGACGAACCUCCCCUUUUGGAAGAACUUGGUAUCAACGUUGGGCAAAUCACACAAAAGAUGCUGAACUUACUCAACCCAUUCAAAGUGGAUCCAAGCCUACAUGAAGAUCCGGACCUGUCCGGUCCUUUCUUAUUUUGCAUGAUUUUUGGAAUUGCACAGCUUCUGUCUGGGAAGUUGCAUUUUGGUGUCAUUUUAGGGUGGACAUCAGUUGCAUCAGUGUUUUUGUAUUUGCUAUACAAUCUCUUAGCAGGGCGAAACGGCAGUAUCGACUUAUAUCGAUGUGUUAGCCUUGUUGGUUACUCUUUGGUGCCAGUUGCGGUCUUCUCGAUGAUCUCCAUCUUCUUACCCAAAACGAGCAUAUUUCGCUAUAUAUUGGGAGCAGUGACCGUCCUAUGGUCCUCAAAUGCAUGCACAAACCUUAUGAUUCUUCAAGUGCCACAUGGUGGAGAUUUUCGUUCUCUGAUUGCCUAUCCAUGCGCCUUGAUAUAUGUAGCCUUCUCGCUCCUGGUUAUUUUCUAGCUUUGAUGUUUAGGAGGAUACUGGAGUAGCUGUAAGAUUCUGUAAGCAUACACAAUUCAGGUUUAAACUGGGUACGAGCCCAGGUCAUGUGCGCAGCUAGUCGUGUAGAUUAAUCCAGGAGUCGCUUUAUCUGUAAAGUAUGCACAUUGAAUUUUGUAAAUCUGUUAGCAAGCGCACCAGGUUUUAUAGUUACCUCAAGUUUUCAUAUCAAAGUUAAGUAGAUCGAGGGUAUUUAUUUAUUUCUUUUGAAAAUUGCUGAAUCUGGCACGUUAGAAAUCUUGGAAACUAGGAUUGAUAUGCAUUUUGUAACUUCACUGAGAACAACUGUGCAUCCAAGAUUGAAAUUACUAAGUAGACAUUUGUCCUUUUCAGUAGAUUAUUUGGAAAUUUUCAGCUGGUGAAGAUUCAGCUCUUUUAAAGAAAGCAUUUCCCACUA